AUGCCUCCACCUGGCGUGUGCCUUAAUAUCAUGAAUGAACGUCACAAGGAAAAUGGCGUGGGUUCUGUUAACAACCCUGUGAAGUUCCUGGACCAAGAUUAUAAUCAGUUACUCCAGUAUUGUCGUAUCAGGAAUGUAAGAUACAUUGAUGACAUGUUCCCCCCAGAUCACCGAUCUAUUGGUAAAGAUUUGUUGACUCCAGAAAUUCUAGCAAGAGUGGAGUGGACUAGACCAUCGAAAAUUGUGCAAGAUCCUCAUCUCUUUGUUGAGGGAGUAUCAAGGUUUGACUUUGCCCAAGGGGCUGUUGAAAACUGCUGGUUUCUUGCCUCAAUUGGGGCUCUGACAUUUCAGAAAGACAUCAUGCGACAAGUUAUACCGGGUGAUCAAUCCUUCCAAGACAAUUAUUUUGGACUUUUUCACUUCAGGUUCUGGAGAUUUGGUAAAUGGGUAGAUGUUGUGAUUGAUGAUAAGCUGCCGACAAUUAAUGGGGAACUUGUUUGUGUAAGUUCCAAGACUCCCAAUGAGUUCUGGCCCGCUUUGUUGGAGAAAGCCUAUGCCAAGGUGUGCGGCUCUUAUGCAGAUAUGAAUGCUGGCACUUGUGCUGAGGCACUCGUGGACUUCACUGGGGGAGUGCACAUGACCUUUAACCUGAAAGAAGCCCCUUCCGACCUGUGGGACCUAAUGUAUCGUGCAGCCAAGUCACAGUCUCUCAUGGGCUGUGGAACACCUCAAGGGGCAACAUCAAAAAAUACAGUGCUGCCCAAUGGCAUAGUGGAAGGCCAUGCCUAUACAGUCACUGGAGUUACUAAGAUAAUGAGCAAUGGAAUUCCUGUCAAACUGGUGAGACUUUUCAACCCAUGGGGUCAUGGAGAGUGGAAAGGAGAUUGGUGUGACCACUCACCCAAAUGGCAGACUGUGAGCGUUGAGGACCGUGCAACGUGCCUUAAAAUAGAUGAAGAUGGAGAGUUCUGGAUGUCGAUGGAGGACUUCACCCAAAGCUUUUCAGAUGUUGAUAUUUGCUGCCAAUGUCCUGAUUUUCUUGAUGGCAACUCUUCAUGCCACUGGAUUUCAAAGUUCCAUGAUGGUCGAUGGGUGGCUGGGAUCACGGCUGGAGGCUGCACGAAUCAUAAAGACACUUUCUGGACAAACCCUCAGUAUUAUAUCAAACUGGAUAAACUGGAUGACCACUGUGAGGAGACACAGGGCCAAAAGAAUAUACUUGUGACUCUGAUGCAAAAACCUGACAAGAGAAACAGGCGCCUGGUUUCCAAUCUCCAUAUUGGCUUCAGUAUUUUUCAGGUGUCAGAGCAGUUUAAGGGUCAUGGAGGGAAGCUGCCGGCUGCAUUCUUCUAUAGCAAUCCUCCUGUUGCAACAACCAAAACUUACCUGAAUGCACGGGAGGUCAUGGAAUUUUUCAGCCUGAAACCUGGGGAGUACAUUAUCGUCCCGUCAACGUUUAACCCUGGUGAAACUGCCUCGUUCAUUUUAGGCGUUCUCUCUAAGGCAGAGACACACCUGCAGGAAAACUCAGGUUCAAGCAUGGUGAUAACAAAGCCCACUACCAAUCAAAGCAAAGAGAACGGGGAAGACAAAGUGACCCUAUUCCGUCAGUAUUCUGAUCAGUAUGAAGAGGUGGAUGCUGAACAGCUGCAGAAACUUCUGAAUGAAAAGCUUCUUGGAGGAUAUCAGCAGAAAACAGGAGGCUUUGGCUUGGAUUCCUGUCGAAGUAUGGUUGCAAUGAUGGAUCUGUCUGUCACAGGAACACUCAGUGGCAAGGAAUUCAUUCGUCUGUGGAAUCGCGUUGCCACAUACAAGGAAAUUUUCUUUCGGACAGAUACCUCCAAAGAUGGCAUGUUGAAUCUGAAUGAGCUACGAAAUGCACUAGAAGGAGCAGGGAUGCAAGUGAGUGAUGGGAUGUUGAGCCUCAUGGCUCUGCGGUACGGAGGGUCAUCUGGAGAAAUCUCCUUAGAGAACUUCAUCUGUCUCGUCCUUCGCAUGGACUGCUUGGCCAAAAUAUUCAAGAGACUCAGCGAUGGUGAGGGCAUGUAUCUUAAAGAGCGUGAGUGGAUGUACCUCUCUAUGUACACAUAAAAAACAAUUCUUGGGAGAGUGAAGAAAAUACAUUCAAGGGGGGAAGAUUUUACAGAAGACAAA